AUUUAACAUUUCGGCCCCGGCCACGUCUUGCUCUGCUCUGUUCGACAAAGAACAGGCCGACGCAGUGUCUGCAGGCGCGAGUUGCAGUGGAUUUACAAUGAAAAUGUAUUCAAGGGACACUAUGUACCUGAAUAGGUUAACUACAGAAGUCCUCUAUGACAGUAAACUGAAGAUCUUUGGGUUGUGGACAAAAGACAAGACAUUUGAGGACGUCACCCUGGGCUUUGGGAAAUGAUGGACGGAGACAGUUCGACCACCGACGCCUCCCAGCUGGGCAUCACCGGAGAGUACAUGGCAUCCGGUCACUACGUCCUCCAGUCUCAAGACGACGAUGCAGAUGAGAGUCUGAAUGACCACGACGACGGCAGCAUCAAGGAGAACUUCAGGGAGCAGGACAUCUAUCUUCCUAUCGCCAAUGUGGCUCGCAUCAUGAAGAACGCCGUUCCUCAGACUGGAAAGAUUGCAAAGGACGCCAAGGAGUGCGUGCAGGAGUGCGUGAGCGAGUUCAUCAGCUUCAUCACGUCGGAGGCGAGCGAGCGCUGCCACCAGGAGAAGAGGAAGACCAUCAACGGCGAGGACAUCCUGUUCGCCAUGUCCACGCUGGGUUUCGACAUGUACGUGGAGCCGCUGAAGCUUUACCUGCAGAAGUUCCGAGAGGCCAUGAAGGGGGAGAAGGGGAUCCCAGGGGUGUCAGUGGGAGAAAGCCUCGGAGACGAGCUUACAGACGACAGCUUCUCAAAUCCCCUGCCGGCUGGGAUCAUUACAGCAGAUGGUCAGCAGCAGAACGUCAUGGUGUACACCACCUCAUAUCAACAGAUUCCCACUGUACAACAGAUCCAGUUUUCAUGACGAGGCCUUUACCCCCCCGAACCUGAACACAGCGGCUCCUUACCAGGCCCCACGCUCGCCGGGUGACCUCUGACCCCGCCCCAGGGUAAAGGUUAUCAGACGGGACAGGGAGGAGGGGGAGAGGCGUCUGCAGAAACCCUCAUGUACAGAGAAAUCACUACCUGUUGAGUAGAAAGUGUAGUUUCUAGUUGUGAGGUACCAAAUGUUUUGGAGCGAAAUCCAAACCAGCUGGGAAAUUGAGGCUUUAUUUUAAAGGCUAGUCUUAUCACAUUAUUUAGUGGUCGAAAUUGUUUUUCGUGCGUGCGUGUGUGUGUGUGUUAAUGUGUUUGCUUUUAUGCGUUUUCUUCUUUUCGGGGGCGGGGGGAAUAAGGGGAAGUGUUGUAUUGGACGCUUAUUUUUGAACGCCUUCUCUGUUUGAACCGAGAGAAGCCACGUUGAUACUGUCACAUCAGAUCAUGCAGCUCUUUUGUAAGUUCACACAAUCUACCAUGUGCUUUAAUGUUAUGUAAAUCCUUUGAAUAAAAAUUCAAAAGACAA